AUGGCCUGGGAUCCGAAGCGUCCGUCCCGCUCCUCCCGACUCUCCAUGAGCCUAGCGAGGGCUCCAGGACGUGCCCUGGAGGUCAGCCACAGGGCAGUUGAAGAUCAACUAAAGAUAUGUGGCCACAAGAGGGAUGUUGAUGUCUUUGAGCUGUUCCUUUCUCAAAAGGAGCUGACAGAUGUUAUUGAUCUUUCUAGGUUUAGAAAAUUAAAAUACUUAUGGCUGCAUCAUAACAAGCUCCAUGAAAUAACAUUUCUAACUAGAAACUAUUGUCUGACAGAAUUGUAUCUAAACAACAAUGCAAUUAUUGAAAUAGAAGGCCUGCACUAUUUGCCUUCGUUGCAUAUACUCCUGCUGCACCACAAUGAGUUAACAAACAUCGAUGCAACAGUGAAGGAAUUAAAGGGAAUGCUAAAUCUGAAGAUCCUAAGUCUCUACCAAAACCCUUUUUGCCAGUAUAACCUGUAUCGUUUAUAUAUCAUCUACCACCUUCCAGGAGUAGAGUUUCUUGACCGAAAUCAAGUUACAGAAAAAGAAAGAAGAUCAAUGAUUACCAUUUUUAACCAUAAAAAGGCUCAUAUUCUUCAAUCAAUAGCAUUCAGAGGAAAAGUAGAUGCCUCAUGGAAUCCUAGAUCACCUUUUAAGCAAAAACCAGCCAAGACAGUACCUACAGAUUUUGCAUUUGGGAAUAGUGUAGACAAAAUUGUGUUUGAUGACCCAGAAGAUGCUGUUUUUGUCAGGUCCGUGAAGAGAUCAGCGAUGGCUUUUACCUCUCUGAACUGGAAUACAGUUCCCAAACGGGAGGAAAAAUACCUCGAAGACAAAGGUGCAAAACCUGCUCAGAUGCUCACAAUUACACUGAGAUAACCCCUGGUAUUUCUCAGAACCCUGAUGGUUAUCAGUUGUGUAUUAAACUUCUCCAUGAUUAGCAUUGUUAUUAUGACGUUAUUUGAAACAUUUAAAUAAAAACAUAAACGCUAUAAUGAACAACAUAAAUUGAUAAACAAAAACAGAUCCAGAGACAGAGAAGCAUCGA